CACAACCCAAACCCUCAUCCUAAAAAAUGGGGUCUCGCAUACAAAAUCUCUCUUUUCUUAUCCUCCUCCUCCUCGGCUUCCUUGCCGUCUCCUUCGCUUGCGACUGUAGUCCUCCUAAACCAUCACCCAGCCCCCACAAACCGCCUAAGCAUCCGGUCAAACCGCCUAAACCACCUGCUGUCAAACCACCAAAACCGCCCACCAAACCACACCCACACCCUAAACCUCCCACCGUUAAACCGCAUCCACACCCUAAACCUCCCACCGUUAAACCGCACCCACAUCCUAAGCCCCCUACCAAACCUCACCCCAUCCCUAAACCGCCCACCAAACCACCCACCGUUAAACCACCACCGUCCACCCCUAAACCGCCCACCAAACCACCACCGUCCACCCCUAAACCGCCCACCAAGCCACCCAUCGUUAAGCCACCCACCAAACCACCCACUGUUAAGCCACCCACCAAACCACCCACCGUUAAGCCACCCACAAAACCACCCACCGUUAAACCACCACCGUCCACCCCUAAACCACCCACCAAACCACCCACAGUCAAACCACCACCCUCCACCCCUAAACCACCCACCAAACCACCCACAGUCAAACCACCACCCUCCACCCCUAAACCACCCACCAAACCACCCACAGUCAAACCACCACCCUCCACCCCUAAACCACCCACCAAACCACCCACAGUCAAACCACCACCCUCCACCCCUAAACCGCCCACCAAGCCACCCACCGUUAAACCACCUCCGUCCACCCCUAAACCACCUACCCACAAGCCUCCACCCGGUGUGACGCCACCAACAGUGUGCCCACCGCCAACACCAACACCAACCCCACCUGUUGUAACCCCACCAACACCAACUCCACCAGUGGUAACGCCACCAACACCAGCCCCACCUGUCGUAACGCCACCAACACCACCGACACCAACCCCUCCUGUCGUAACACCACCAACACCAACACCACCGGUCGUAACGCCACCGUCACCAACCCCUCCUGUCGUAACACCACCAACACCAACACCACCGGUCGUAACGCCACCGACACCAACCCCUCCUGUCGUAACACCACCAACUCCACCAUGCCCACCGCCACCACCAACACCAACUCCACCUAAACCAGAAACUUGCCCAAUCGACACAUUGAAGCUAGGCGCUUGUGUGGACGUUCUCGGAGGUUUGAUUCACAUCGGGCUUGGUGGAAGUAACGCCAAGAAAGAGUGUUGUCCAAUUUUGGGAGGUUUAGUUGACUUAGACGCAGCCGUUUGUCUAUGUACCACCAUUAAAGCCAAACUUCUCAACCUCGACCUUAUUAUCCCCAUUGCUCUUGAGCUUCUUAUCGACUGUGGAAAGACUCCACCACCUGGCUUCAAAUGUCCCGCUUGA